AUGACCCGAUACUCCAAACUACCACUUGUGGCUGCGGCCCUGUUGACCAGCGCCGGACUCGUCGCCGCUGUACGUGCUGGCGCCCAGGCCCCUCUAGAUCAUCACCAGCCCUCCUCCGCAUCGUCGGAUCAGAAAACCCCAUUCACAUCUGAGCUCGAUGGCUAUGUACAGGAGCUACUAGAUGAGUGGAAGGUCGCCGGCCUAGCCAUUGGCAUUGUCGACUCUAAAGAAUCCCAUACCAAGGCCUAUGGAUAUUCUCAGCUCCCCAGCGUGCCAGCUACUACGGACACGUUGUGGUAUGUGGGCUCGACAACGAAAGCUCAGGUCGCAGCCACUCUGGCCCAGCUCAUCGACAAUCAGACCCAUGCAGCUCUUUCCCAGGGCUGGCAGACGCCUAUCUCGUCUAUUAUCCGUGAUGACUUUGUUGUCGGCAACGAGUGGGCUACUGCACAUCUCACCCUUGAGGAUGCCGUGAGCCAUCGCACCGGCGUGGCAGGCCACAUCGACGCCUACCCCAACACGCUGAAUGGGACGCUGGCGACCUCGCAAGACAUCACACGGCUUUUGCGGCACCUCCCUCUCUCCUAUGAGCCAAGGACGAAAUGGGACUAUAACAACUUCAUGUACACCAUGCUCUCCCACGCCCUCGAGACGUUGACAGGCGAGCCCCUCCGUCAGACACUGAAACGGGUACUCUGGGAGCCGCUCGGCAUGACCUCGACGUUUCUCAACCUGAAAGACGUGAACCAGUCCAAGCACAAAAUCGCCCGGGGCUACUUUUGGAACCGCGAGCAGCACGAGUUCGGCGAGUACCCUCUCUGGGACGCGCCCGGCGUCAGCGGCGCCGGCACAGAGCUGUCCACCGUCAAGGACUACACCAAGUGGCUCGCGUGCCUCAUCCACGAGACGGCGCCGCUGUCCAGGGGCGCGCACGGCGAGAUCCGCAAGCCCAGGAUGAUUGUGCCGCCCGAGUCGUAUCCGCCGCAGGGCUUCGACAUGAGCCUGUACGGCCUCGCCUGGUUCCGCACCACGAUCCACGGCCACGUCGUGUACCAGCACACCGGCUCGACGGAGAGCCACGGCGCCAACGUCGUCUGGCUGCCGGAGCUCAACUACGGACUGGUGAUUUUCGUCAAUCAGCCCAAUGAGAUUCGGCACGUCAUUGCGCGCAGGCUCAUUGAGGAUCGAAUCGGCACACCCGAGGCUGAUCGCUUUGACGUUUCUAGAUACUGGAAGGAGAUGCUCGCCGCGGCGGAGAAAGCUGUCGACAAUGCGAUUGACGCCCUCUUCCCCGAGCGACCAACUCCCGCGCUGCCUUCCACUCACCCGCACAGCGAUCUUGUGGGCGAGUACCACCACCCGGGCUACGGCACGCUCCGUCUCCGCCUGGAAACCGAUCCAAUCAAUGCAUCCAAGGAGAUUCUUGUGGCAGACCGCGAAAAUCUCGCUUUCCCUACUCAGUGGCGGUUCGAGCACGUGUCGGGAGACUACUGGGUCGUCUGGCGCUAUAGCUACGUAGACACGGCCAGGCCGAAUGCUGCGUAUGCAGCCCGCAUCGACACGGCAGUGAGCGGCGCUGUCGAUAGCAUCAGCUUGCAGUUGCCAGAAGCCGUAGUCGGCAAGGGCCCGCUCGAGAUUGUCUUCGCUAGACAUGAUUAG